UACUAUUACGUCACAUUUAGUUGAUGGAUUCAUUGGGAUAUGACGUCAUAAGGAGUGUUUUUAUAAGAUAGAGAAGGAAGUAGGUUGAUCAACAAUAGGCCUAUAUAUUGUGAUUGACACGUGUACAGUAGCUUGCUGAUUGGGUAGAUGUAUAAAAUACUCUUCAAAUAGAAGUUUAAAAAGGAUUAUUUAAGAUGUCAACAACAUCCAGGUUGUACACAAUUAUAGCAAUAGGACUGUCCGCGGUUUUGUCAGUAGCAGUAGUACUGACGGCAAUAACGGUAACUCGAAACAACGUUUUAUCACGUUCAACGAGAUCAGAAGACGGAAAAUCAGAAGGAAAAAGAUGUCCCCUAACAGCGAAUAAGUUGCAAGAGGCACUCUCGAAAAUAUGUGACAGUAGGAAAGACGUGUUGAUGGACGUGAGUUAUGGAGUAGAAAAAUUGAAAUGCGGCGAUUCAACAACUGUAGAAAAGACUGGAACGACACCUACUAUAAAGCUGAAACACGCCGAUGAGAAAGCGCAGUAUACGGUCGUGAUGGUUGACCCAGAUGCACCUGGUCAUUCUCUGGAAAAUCUAAAGUUUUAUCUUCAUUGGGUGGUCACCGGUACUGGACUUAAGAAUGGCAUAAAUUCACCCGUCACGCUAAUGAGUUAUGCCGGUCCGACACCACCGAAAGGAUCAGGUGUACACCAUUACAAGUUGAUCGUGUUUCAGUCCUCCUUGGAACAGAAUGGCAAACCUCAUCUAAUCCAAGACAACAAGAAACGGAACCAAUUUUCGUUAACAGAGUUUGUCAAAGAAAAUAAGUUUUGCACCAUAGUUGGACUAUUUGAGUUUACCGUCGCUGCUGACAAAAAGUAGUAACUGGGGGAAAACAUUCCGCUUUGAUUAAACGCAAAAUAACUUAGUUCGAAAGUUUUUUGCAGUUUUCAUGUGCAACAUACAUGUUCAUACAAAAUUUGUAACAUUUUCUAAACAACUAAUCUGACAUUUAAAGCCUACAACAGGAAGGAGGCACUUUUUUGCCGGUAAAACAAAAUUAUUUUGUUAAGUCUAAUAUGUUAAACAAGCAAAGUUUCUGAGAAACUGCUAGGACGAAUGUUUCCAAACUGAACAAUCAUUUACAUUCAUGGGCACGUUAUUUUCGUACUUACUGCUAAAACAAUCGGGGAUAUUAAUUCGUGAAUUUCAGCUGUUGAAGGUAGAAUUAAUGAGUAUUAAAUUUCUUUAUUUUGAUUAUAAUAUAUUUCGAUGAUUGAUGCAAAAGUGAAAUUAAAGUUUAGUUCCCAAACGUAUUAAUGAAAUCAUAGUACGAUUGGCAUAAUGAGAUAACUUAACAGGACAAGUUUCAUAACGAUGGCUUGCAUACAUGUUUAUCCAAAAUAAUAUCCCUUUAAUUUUCUUAAUGUUACGAAAGUUGUUUUUUGUGUGUAAGCAUGUUCUGAGAAACUAUGGAACCGAAUUCCUUUCGAAUUCCAUUCAAGUCUUCCUAGUAACAUUACAGAAAAUGUUUCUUAACUCUAGCUUACAUUCUGCACAAUUAUGCUUCUUUUAACUAAGAUAUGUUGUUGAAAGCUUUUCAUUUAAACAGGUUCAUAGGGAAUAGUGGGCCUCUACUCAAGCCUUCGGAAUAACAAAAAUGUCCGCUUAGAGCUUGCUUCGUAUUUUGCUAAAUUAAUAUACUUGAUUGCUCUUUUUUACAAAGAAAAUCUUGGUAAAGCUUAAAUGGCAUUUAACUGUCAACAUUAACAUCUAUGCUAAAUACUGUAUUUCAAAAUAAUAGGUGAGGUACUGCGGCCGUUACGGUAGUGACAUCUCCCGUAUGCGAUUUCGGCAUUGUCCGGUUGUUCUUGGAGACAUUAUUUUCUGAUGCGGUCGGAAUACGUGAUUGGACGGAACUUAUCGACUGUUAUUACGCGUCCACUGUUUGCUUAAAGUAUGGAUAUCACAUCUGAUAUCGCGAUACAGUAACAUAAUGUAGAAUGUCCAAAUAUGUGCGCAGUAUUAAUUUUGAUACCCUUUCUGUACAGUGACUGUUUCACUUGUAUUAGAGGUAUAGAAUAGCCCCAAACAAGAAUCUGUCAUCCAUUUUGCAUUUGCUUAAAGAUAUAACAAAGCACUACGAUCAAAUACACAUUUGUCAAGCAGACAUGAGUAAAUAAACAAUGUG